AUGUCGGAGCAAGAGAAUGACGAUGAUCAGACUUCGAAUUUGAACGAAUCAAUGGUAUUCGAACCGGCCGCGCGGUCUGACCACAUGCCUAUUCUUACCACAUCCGAGGAGAUUUUCGAAGACGAAACCACGUGCUGGCAGAUAUUCAAAAUUAAAGCUGCGGAAUGGAGCAGGCGCAUACUGUACUUCUAUGUGUCACCAACCGGUCAUUUUUGUUACUACUGGGCCUGCUUGGUUUCUCUCGGCUUACUCUACAAUAUGUUGGCUAUGGUGAUAUUCAUAUUCGAUGAUGUUUACCUAUUCUUCUUCAAACAAUGGCUUUAUAUGAAUAUUUUCUUUGAUUGUAUAUUCUUUCUCGAUAUCCUUGUGCAAUCACGGACAACCUAUACAUGGGAUGGGAGCGAAGUAAAGAAUGUGAAGAUGACGCUGAGGAACUACUACAGAAGUUUCCGAAUAUACUUGGAUAUCCUGGCUUUGCUACCAGCAGAUUUCUUCUUGUUCUUCAAUAGCACCUUAUCUAUGGUUCGAGCCAUUCGCCUUUUCAAAGCUUACCGUCUCAACGACUUUAUCGACAAUAAUCAAAAACGCACAUCGUUUCCGCAUGCUUCGAAAAUUGCACUACUUAUGACUGCUUGUUACAUUCUUUUCCACUGGAACGCAUGCGUCUACUUCAUGUUCAGUUUAGCCGAGGGGUUGUCAGAAGACGAUACGAAUGCUUUUGGAUUUUCAUACUACAAGGUGUUCGAUCCGAGAGUCCCUACAUGUUCGGUUUUCAAUGAUCAAAACUGUCAGUACAAAGAAAACUACUCACUAUUGGACAUAGAUGACUAUCGGCCUAGUUAUAUGCAGGAUAUGUAUUCGUUUUGGGAGGGCAAAUUUGUCAAAUGGGACAUGGGAAAUUUUUCGCGAGAAUACAGUAUGAGCAUAUAUUGGUCGGCUCUUACUAUUACUACAUGCGGGCAGCAGCCAUAUCCAUCAUCAUCACCUCAAAAUAUGCUCGAAGUUGUUGAUACAUUAAUCGGAGUGCUGGUUUUCGCUACAAUUAUUGGUUCUGUUGGUAGCGUUGUUACACAAAUGAAUGAAGAUGUUUAUGAUUUUCGUCAAAAAAUGGAUGGUAUCAGAUUCUAUAUGAAGUACCGAAUGGUGAACCCAGCUAUACAAGAGCGUGUGAUCUCUUGUGUUACGUACAUGCAUUCCCAACAUCAACUCAACGAUGAGCAGGAAUUGUUAUGCGUCCUUCCGCCAAGAUUACAAGGUCAGAUUGCCGUAAACCUUCAUAUGGAGACCUUGAAAAAAGUGGAACUGUUUAAGCAGUGCAGCGCUGGUUUUCUGUACGAAGUCGUUCUACGAAUCAAGCAACAAAUUUAUAACCCGAAUGACUACCUCUUCAGAGCUGGGGAGCGAGCAAGGGAGAUGUUUAUCGUGAAGCGUGGAACCUUACAAGUUAUUGAUGCCGACACUUUAGCUCCGACUUUGACCCUCACUGAUGGAGCUACAUUCGGCGAGAUGUCAGUCAUUCUCAUAGCAGGAAACCAGCUAGGUGAUCGCAGAGGUGUCUCACUGCGAUCUGUUGGCUAUUCGGAUGUCUACAUACUAAAUCAGGACGAUGUCUCUACAAUUUUGCAAGAAUACCCGAUUGAUAGACAAAUUCUGGUUACCAAUGCUCGUGAAAUGCUUCGAUCACGCGAUCUACUCACUGAUGAAAUGAUGGAAAAUGCCGAUCAUUCUGUGGGCAUGUUAUCCUUAGACGAGCAGUUGGGUACGAUGAAAAAACAGAUUGGCGAUCUUGAGAGCCAGCUGAAUAAUAUGUAUAGUUCUUUCAAUGUAACAUCUUUCUACGGAUAUGAAGAAGCGAGUGACGGCCGUGGAGCAGAUUUUUUCUCGAAAUCGAAAGCAAAUCAAAUUCGAUUGCCUACGCGGAAAAAUAAACAUAUGACCAUGUUUAUUACAUUUGAAACUCCAAAGUGGAUGAAGUCGCUGCUGGUAUUAUUGUUUCUGAUAACACCAUUAUAUUAUGUUCGUGCCCAUCCCAUCGAAGCCGAACAUGGUGGUGACCACCACGACGAUAAUCAUAUAUCUACGGAAAGUGGAGAAGAGCAUGCCGAAAUUUUUGAAAAGAAGGAAGUUGCUGAGGAUGCCGCCGAGGCGGAUACAGACACUGAUCCUGUAGAAAACGAAGUUGUUGAAGAAGGUGAAGAAGCACAUGAAGAGGGCGAGAUAUGCGAGGACGAGGCCUUGAAAGAAAAUGAGGAAAAAGAUGACGAUGGCGAGGAGGAAACUGAAACUCAUGUCGAGGAGACAACAGUGAUGACGACACCUACAACUAUUUCAGAAGCAGAACAUAAAGUAGAGAAGAGGGCCGCAAAAACCGGUCAUGGCCACAGACUCUCAGAUAAACAUCAAAUACAAACAAGAGACAAACGGUCGGCUGACGAAGAUUCUGAGGAUGCGUACGAAGAGCUGAAUAGGCGUCGGCGCUCAACAGAAAGUGAUGAAGAGGAAGAAGAUAAGUCUCUUCUUGAACAUGGUGAAUAUCAUGGUCAUGCCGAGAGAAAACGUCGUGACACUAGCGGCAGCGAGGAAGAAGAAGGUCACAAUCUACUCAAGAGACAUAUUGGCCACCACAUCCUUGCACACGAGCACAACAAGAUUGGAGACCUAGACGCUGUACAUCAUGUGCAUCGAGGCGAAGACGCAUCCGAAUUACCACAUUUUGCAUCCGAUGCUGUAGAGCAUGUAGAUUCAGUAGGUACAAUAUUGCUUCAUAUAGAUUAG